AUGGCGGCGUCAGAACUGAUCCAGGACGCCGACGACAUCCGCCCUCAUGUGGAAGCUAACGUGACCACAAUGAACCCCCCCUCGCCACCGCAUCCUCUGAGGGUUGCCAACGGUAACCCGACCCGCCUCACGUCCUCGCCGACGCUCGCCGCCGACGCUCACGACGGCAAAGGCAGCAGCAAACUGAGCAGCCUGCUGAAACAGAACCAGCUGAUCCACUCCCUGAGCAGCGGGCUGCGCAAACACUGCGACUACGUCAAGAUCAGCGUGCCGGAGGAGCCGGCGGACCGCCUCCCCAGGGAGUGGUGGAAGACGGGCGUGGCCUUCCUCUACGCCGUGUUCAACCUCUUCUUCACCACCGUCAUCAUCACCGUCGUCCACGAGAGGGUGCCGGACAAGUCGGUGAGCCCGCCGCUGCCCGACAAGUUCUUCGACUACGUGGACCGAGUGCCGUGGGCGUUCACCGUCACCGAGGUCAACGGGCUGAUCCUGGUCGGACUCUGGCUCGUCCAGUGGCUCUUCCUCAAACACAAAGCUAUAAUUGGUCGUCGCUGUUUCUUCCUGAUCGGGACUCUCUACAUGUAUCGCUGCGUCACCAUGUACAUCACCACGCUGCCGGUGCCGGGGAAACACAUGGUCUGCGCUCCGAAGCUGUACAACGAUUCAACGGGGAAAAUCUGGAGGAUUUUGAGGCUGAUCUCAGGAGGAGGUUUGUCUCUGACCGGCUCUCACCUGAUGUGCGGCGACUUCCUGUACAGCGGCCACACCGUCAUGUUGACGUUGUCUUACCUCUUCAUCAAAGAGUACUCUCCUCGCUGGAUGUGGUGGUAUCACUGGCCCUGCUGGCUGCUCAGCGCCUCGGGAGUCCUCUGCAUCCUGAUCGGUCACGAGCACUACAGCAUCGACGUGGUGAUCGGAUACAUCGCCACCACCAGGACCUUCUGGUGGUACCACACCAUGGCCAACUCACACGCGCUGCGUCAAGCUCCCAACAACUACCUGUCGAGGACGUGGUGGAACCCGGUGUUUAACUUCCUGGAGAGGAACGUUCAGUCGACUGUUCCCAUCGUGUUCUCGUCGCCGGUGCCGCUGCCGUCCUGCUGCAGGCAGCACUACCGGAUGGUGGAGGGCGGCAGGGACGAGUGAGGGCUGCAUCCAUCACCACGCCGGUGACACAGGACGGGGAACUUUAACAUCAGUUUAUUUAUUAGAACCAGCAUUUCCAGCUCUCUCCUGCGUACUGAGGAAGAGGAGACACUGAAGGGAGGAAGAGGAUGUGUUUACAUUAUCACUGGGUAUUAGUUCAUCAGCAGGUUUAAUCACCAGAACAGUAAUAAUGAUUAUCUGCUCUCUGUUAACGGAGCGUAUGUGGAGCCACCAGUGUUUCUGUUCACAUACUUGGCUGUGUUUGACCCUCUAAGCCCCGCCCCCUUUUGGCUCUGUGCUCCAAUCAGGUUUUGUUAAUAUUAGCAAACAUAAGCUCAGCGAAUACAUAUAUAUUUAAAUCACCUCUUAAGUUAGCUAAUGUUAACCAAACACUUGCUAACUAACUAACUAAUCUACAUUAAUCAUUAGCGAGCAAUUUACAUCAGAUAGCUCAUGUUAUCAAUAAGCUAGCUAACAAUUAAGCACAGGUUACAAAAGGGCGGGAAUAAAGAGUUUAUAUCUGCUGGUAAACAACAGAAAAUGUAAAACCAACUUCUAGUUUUUAUAAACUAAACAGUGACGUGAGUCUAGUUUACUGUUUUUUGUGAACUGCUGAAUAAUCUGAAACAUGCUAACUAACAACACCUGGAACAUGCUAACAUAAUGUGUAUGUUUGGAAAGAAAACAGAAGUAAAUUAUCUCAUUGUCUUCUGGUUUUCUGAUGAGGGCUGGUUAUCGCACAGUUUUUUGACACAACUGCCGACAAAAUACGUGAAUACAGCACCAAAAUAAAUCAGACUUUUUCAGUUUUUCUGCUCAGUUUCUGUCGUUGUUGGUAUCCAACAAUUAAUCUAAACCUACAGGUUUGGAUUUAUCAAUAACAAAUAUGUCUUCCAAACUAAGUUAGCGUUGCUGAAGUGCCAAACAACAAACGCUUUUUGUAAGAUUUUGACUUUUCUUAAUCAAAAGGUCGGGUGACUCUAUGUGAUACUAAAAUGAUCUAGCUCAUUAACCUAAACAAUUUAGUGAAGCCAACAAAUACAAAUGUAUUAAUGUACUUCCUUCCAACAAAGACGACGAUGAGACUAAUUAUUUAAACAUUGAGAUUAUUAAUUCUGCCUGUGAUGUCCGUGAACUAGCUUCUAGUAGAUGAACUGCUAGUGACUUGAUGUCCCAAGUGCUCCAGUUGGGUCCUCAUCAGUGUGAGAGUAUUGUUGUAUAUGUCUUGAUAUACUUGAUUAUUGUUGUUUAAGUUAUAUAAGUAUUGAGACACUGAGCUCAUGACGGUUUGUGUUUUUUUUACUGUUUAUUUUAUUCCACCUUUAUUGUUAAAUGAAUGAAACAAUAACUGCCUGUAAACUUUAGAUUUCACCUUAACUUCCUGAAACUGCUGCUGAUUUAAAGUCAGAUUAAUGAAGAUCAUUGUUCAAGUUACUUGAACACUUAAGUGUUACAUUUAGUCAGAGUUCAUAUUUGGUUAAAACUGACGUGAACAAAAUGUCACAAUCAAAUAUUUGCUUUGAUAAUAAAAGAUUUAUUUUCAGUCAAGAGCUGA